AGAACAUACCCUUCCAAGUUCGUUAAUUAAUUUAGGGCAAUUUCACUAUUGUUCACUAAUAAUAAUUGUUGUACGCAUCUCUCCCAAAUGAAAUCGUGUCUUUACAUUGCAGAUUUACUGCGAAUUCAUUCAUCGUUCACCGUCGACUACGAAGCAACCAUUGAUUACUUUUUUUUGCAAAAUCACAUAAUCAAUGUAAUACUGUUCCAUGAAAUUAUCGCUGGAAUGCAUGGAUUGGACGCUUGAGCCGCUCCAUUCGGCUCCUGCUUUUGUAAAGGAGGAUUGUCUGACAAGUACACGAUUUUCAACAAAACAGGUUUCUCUGCCAGUACUACGAAUAUUUGGUCUUACCGAGGCUGGUGACUCAAUAUGUUGUUUUCUACACAAUUGCUUUCCAUACCUUUUUAUUGAUUUUGUUCCGGAGGAACAUGAUGACUUGAUCCAGUUUCUGAAACAGCUGAAACAGUUUAUCGAAGAAACGUUGAGUCGCUCUCUUCAUUUAGACAAUUCUCGCGUUCAACUUGUGUAUAAUAUUCAAUUGGUUAAAGGGAUUCCGUUUUACGGCUACCAUGUUGGUUGGCGUCUCUUUUGCAAAAUAUCUCUUUUUAAUCCAAAUCAUAUUAAUAAACUUGCAGACCUGUUUCGCCAAGGACGAAUACUGAAAAACAGCACACGCGUUUACGAGGCACAUGUGCCUUAUCUCUUGCAAUUCCUCAUCGACCACAACUUAUAUGGUUGUGAUUGCAUGGAACUAGACGAAAAUCGCAUUGAGCUUGUUACCGAUAAGGAAACACGGAAAACUCACUGUUCAUGCGAGCUCGUAGCUUCUGUUACUGCCGUCCUCAAUCGAAUGCGGAUUCAAGAAAACUUUGUACAUUCUCAAUUGUACGAAGAUCUGUCGGUCUAUGAGCGUAUCCAUUCCGUUGGAAGUUUAGCGGAAGUCUGGAAGUCUGAAGCUGUUCGUCGGGGUCUACCUGUGAACAGCAGUGGAAAUUCAAGUCUAGGUUUGACAUACUUGCAGAGUACGCAGGCCGGAUUAAAGGUUUCUUCUUCAGUCGAACGUUCUACUCAGCUUGAAUGGCGAAAGGCGGAAAAGAACGGACAACUGUUUUCCAACGCCCUUCGGCUUAUUGCUUCUGAGGCAUCAGCAAGCGAAAAGCCGAAUGUACCAAUUCCAGACUAUGAGAAUGUGGACACAACUUUCUCAUGCGUAGAUCAUCAUUAUGAAUGCACAGAUGCAAGCUGUCCAUAUUCUACAAAUCAGAUUGUAAAGCUACAAACCAAGCAAGCGGCGCUGGAACUUAAUAGCCGUGACACUGUUAUAUCAUCUAGUUUGCCAAGCAAUUCACAAUCUUCCUUACUUGGUGCUCAUUCGUCUACAACGCCUUUGGCUUCAAAAGAGUCUAACGAUACUUCCGGGAGAGUAUCCGACAUGUUUCCUUCAACUGGGUCAACAAAAUCUGACAGCGAAAAUCACGAAACUGUGACUGGAACCUCGUUAGAAAACAGUAAUGCUAAAAAGGGUGGAAGUCAAGAUACCUCACAAUCAAUGACCCAUGACCUUCUGUUUGUUCCUUCGACAAACCCGGAAACAUUACACGAACAAACUCGUCAUCAGGAGUUCGGUCGUAAGCUCAAGUAUACAACCAACAAUCCGUUUCUGACUCAAAUUCCGGAACCAUCGAACCAAAACGCCUCAAAUCGCCCAUUUUUCAUUUACUCAAAGGGUCCUCCGAGCACUAAGGAAUUGUUGGCUGAGUUGCAUGAUUACAAUUUAGCAUCUACAGUGUAUGACGAUGUUUAUUUUUCGAAUGCUAAAGACUAUGAUCCCAAUGCCACAUCUCUGCCUUCGCAAAUGCAAAGACCCCGCGUACAUUCCAUUGAAAAUCUUCCUCCUUUUCACCCAGGAAUAACAGAAGACAUGAGCAGUCUUGCAAAUGGACAUGGUCUUCUUCAUGUUAAAGAGUGGGAGUUUAAAGAUCUACCGCCAACUUCAUCCUCCUUAAUGAGCUCAUGGAAUACUACCGUAGGAGAAUCGAAACCCGCAUUUGUGCAGUCAAAUAUAAUUACCAAGACCUUCAAGCGUGAUGCCUUUUCGAGCGUCAAACUUCUCGCAAUGGAAUGCUUUGCCUCGUCUCACGUUGAUAAACUACCAGAUCCCAAAAAGGAUAAGCUGCAGGGAUGCUUCUUUGCCUUCCAAUUUGACCCCAAUGUCGAGGGGAUUGAUGGCAUGUGCUGUAUUUUAUGUGAUGACACUAUACCAUUAGAGUUGUAUCAGAAAGCCUUUCCUCAUGUUUACUUUAUCCUUGUGGACACCGAAAUUGAACUCAUUAAUGAAGUCAUAUCGGUUACCCGAGACAUUGAUCCAACUUUGCUUUGUGGAUAUGAGAUUCAGCAAUCUUCUUGGGGCUAUGUUAUUGAGAGGGCCAUGAUGCAAUUUCAGUAUGACUUAACGUCUGAGCUUUCUCGCUUAAAACAAUUUGAAUCAGGAAAGUUCGGUAGUAAGGAUGAUCCCUGGGGUCAUCGCAAAGCAACUUCCCUUCAUGUUGUUGGACGUCAUUUACUAAACAUAUGGCGUUUAAUGAAGGGUGAGUAUAAUUUGUUUAAUUACUCACUAGAGUCAGUAGUCUCGCAUGUUUUUGAUACUCAGACACCUCAUUAUAGCCAGAAUGACUUGAACACUCUCUGGGCUAGUUCUCAACUUCGAGAUAAGUUGCAUUUUGUACAGUAUCAUUUGUCAAGAGUCAGUUAUGAUCUUCGUAUACUUGUUUCUAGCGCCGUCAUUACGAAGGUGAGAGAACAGGCACGAAUUAUUGGGGUCGACUUUUACUCUGUCAUAUCGAGGGGUUCACAGUUUAAAGUUGAAUCCAUCUUAUUCAGAAUUGCAAAAAGUGAGAAUUAUAUUCUCCCAUCACCCGGACCACAACAAAUGACCGAACAAAACGCGUUGGAAUGUUUGCCUCUUGUGCUUGAACCACAGACAAAUCUGUUCAAAAAUCCAGUAGCAGUUUUGGAUUUCCAAUCUCUGUACCCUUCUAUCAUCAUCGCUUUCAAUCUUUGCUUCUCCACUUGUCUAGGAUAUGUUCGGAAUAUUGAUAAGGCACAACGUUUAGGAUUUACAUUUUACCAGGCUGAUCCUACUCUUUUGCAAGCCUUAAAGGAUGACAUUUACAUAUCCCCAAACGGAGUUGCUUAUGUUCAGAAAAAUGUUCGAAAGUCUCUAUUAGCGAGAAUGCUUGAGGAACUUAUUGAUACGCGGUUACUGUUGAAGUCUGGUAUGAAGGAUUGCACUGAUGCCAAUAUCCAUCGGAUUCUGAAUGGUCGACAGUUGGCACUGAAACUAAUAGCAAACGUGACAUACGGCUACACAUCUGCUUCUUUUUCUGGCAGAAUGCCGUGUUCGGAGAUUGCCGACACUAUCGUUCAGACCGGCCGAGAAAUAUUAGAGCGCUCUAUCAACAUAAUCAAUGCUACCGAACAAUUUGAAGCGCGUGUGGUAUAUGGCGACACUGACAGUCUAUUCGUUGAAUUGCCUGGAGCAACUAAAGAGGAAGCCUUUAAACGUGCUCAGCUUUUGGCUAACAAAAUAUCAUCCGCCCUUCCCUCUCCAUUGAAGCUCAAAUUCGAGAAAGUUUAUCUUCCAUGCUUUUUGCUAGCCAAAAAACGGUAUGUUGGAUACAGUUUUGAGUCUUUAAGCGACAAAAAACCUAAGUUUGACGCUAAAGGCAUUGAAACCGUAAGGCGAGACGGUACGCCCGUGCAACAGAAAGUUCUCCAGGCAUGUCUCUGUGCUUUAUUCGACACAAUGGACUUGUCCUCAGUAAAGCGCGUUUUUCUGGAACAGUGUUCGUCCAUUGUUGAAAACCGAGUUUCUAUCAUGGACUUUUGUUUUUCAAAAGAAGUUUACCUGGGCACGUACAAAGAUGCGACUACAGCACCACCUGGCGCUGCACUUUCGUUGCGACUCAUGUUGCAAGAUGCUCGCAUGGAACCACAGUAUGGUGAACGUGUACCAUAUGUUAUUGUAGCUGCUCCUCCGAACACGACAUUAGUAAAGCGGUCUGUUAGUCCGGAGGAAUUUGUGAAUGACAGUACACUUCAUUUGGAUUUAGACUAUUACAUUAGGCACAACAUCAUUCCUCCUUUAGAUCGCAUGCUGAAUGUACUGGGCGCGAGUGCCAAACUUUGGUACGACCAAAUGCCCAAAGUAAAGAAGCUACUUACUGAUUCCGUGUCGACGAAAGCUUCUGCAGUUGGCCAAGGAAGAACAUUGGAUCAGAUCUUGCAUACCAUGUUGUGUUGUUUAUGUUUAAAGAAUCCAGUUACUGCAGUUCCCAACGCUCCAACGUCGCUUUUAUGUGAAGAUUGCCGGCAGCAUUCUGACAAAGCACUAAUGAACACCCUUUAUAACCUUAAUUCCUCUUCACUUUUGUUUAAUCGGCUCAGUCACAUAUGCGAGGGAUGCAGCCGUAUUUCCUCAGUUGAUCCUAUUUACUGUAAUUCUCAAAACUGCUGUAUCUACUAUGAACGUGUUCGGCUAAGAAGUCUAAAAGAUCUUCACUCAAAACGCUAUUCUGCGCUUCUUCAAGCACUCGAUUGGUAAAAGAAUGGUGCUGAACGCAGAAUGACGCUACAGGUUUCAACUCAACCUGUCUGUAAUUUUACAAAAUCUUUAUGCUCAUACAAUUCGUUUAAUGUACCGCCUUCAAAAGCCUUCCCUGUUUCUUCCUUCUUUCACAAAAAACAUUAAUAUAAUGACUAUUAUGCUUGU